ACAAGACGGAGACAUAAAGACGGAGAGAACAAGACAGAGACAUAAAGACGGAGAGAACAAGACGGAGACAUAAAGACGGAGACAACAAGACGGAGACAUAAAGACGGAGACAACAAGACGGGGAGAAAUCAACAAGGGGCAAGAAGAACAGAACGACAGACUUGAAGAAGAGGAGAACAAGAAGGUGGGGGUGUUACGGUUGAGAUGGAGCUGUGGCGUCACUGUGCCGUGUGGCUGAUAGAGUGCAGGGUGCUCCCUGAGAGUCACAGGGUAACGUGGGACAGUGCUCAGGUAUGUGAGUUAGCCCAGGCUCUGAGGGAUGGAGUUCUGCUCUGUCAGCUGCUGAACAACUUACUACCCCACGCCAUCAACCUCCGAGAGAUCAACCUCCGACCCCAGAUGUCCCAGUUCCUGUGUCUGAAGAACAUCCGUACGUUCCUGGGGGUGUGUCAGGAGAAGUUUCACCUGAGGAAGACUGAACUGUUUGAAGCCUUCGACCUGUUUGAUGUCAGAGACUUCGGCAAGGUGAUAGAUACCUUGUCCAUUCUGUCCCAGUCCCCCAUCUCCAUCCAGAAGGGUUUCCAGUCUUUCCCAAUAGAUGUCUGUAUUGCUGAUGAUGAUAUCUACAACGGUCUCUCUGACCAGAUUGAUGAAACAGUGGACGAGGAUGAUGACCUUUAUGACUGUGUGGAGGAUGAGGAGAAUGAGGGGGAUGAGAUAUAUGAAGACCUGAUGAGGGCCGAUGAGCCAUCGGAGAUGCAGCAUCAGCAGAAGAUGGAGGUGGAUAAGAGAGAAUGCUGCCUGCAGGAGAUCAGACUGACAGAGGAGAAAUACACUGACACGCUGGAGUCCAUAUUACAGCACUUCAUGAAGCCCCUCCAGAAGUUCCUUCAGCCUCACGACAUAGAGAGCAUCUUCAUCAACACGGCGGAUCUGGCUGUAACCCAUCGUAGUCUGCUGGGGGAGAUCCAGACCUCGAUCUUAACCCUGAAUGCCGAGAACCUUUACCAGGUCUUCAUCAACUACAAAGAGAGGUUGUUGCCGUAUGGGCGGUACUGCAGUCAGGUGGAAGCAGCUACUAAACACCUGGACAAGAUGUCCGCCAUGAAGGAAGGAGUUAAGAUGAAACUAGAGGAGUGCUCUAAGAGGGCUAACAGUGGCAGGUUCUCUCUGCGUGAUCUACUCAUGGUUCCCAUGCAGAGAGUCCUCAAAUACCACCUACUGCUCCAGGAGCUGGUGAAACACACAUCCAGCAAUACAGAGAAAGAAAACCUUCGGACAGCUCUAGACGCCAUGAGAGACCUGGCUCAGUGUGUGAACGAGGUAAAGAGAGACAACGAGAUCAUCAAACAGAUCACCACCUUCCAGUUGUCUAUAGAGAACAUGACUCAGUCUCUGGCUCUGUACGGACGACCCAAGAUAGAUGGGGAACUGAAGAUCAGCUCCUCAGAGAAGAAGUCCAAACAGGACAGGUAUGCGUUCCUGUUUGACAAGGCGAUGCUAGUGUGUAAGAAGAAGAGUGGGGAGACGAUGGAACUGAAGGAGAUUAUAGACCUGCAGUACUACCAGCUACGAGACGAGACCACCGGGGAGAAGGACAGCAAGAAGUGGUCACAUUUCUUCCUGCUUAUAGACUAUUAUGGGAAGACAGGAUACGACCUUUUCUUCAAGACCAGAGAUCUCAAGAAGAAAUGGCUGGAGCAGUUUGAGAUGGCCCUGUCCAACAUGUGUCCAGAGAACUGUACUGCCAACAGUCAUGACUUCCAGAUGCACUGCUUUGAAGAUACCACCUCCUGCAAGGCCUGCAGUAUGCUCCUCAGGGGGAUAUUCUUCCAGGGGUAUCGUUGUAGUCGUUGCAGAAUGGCCGCUCAUAAAGAAUGUCUGGGAAGAGUACCAGGCUGCGGACGCAACUCAGACCACUCAGGGAACGUGAAGAAGAAUAAGAAGUCAGCUCCUCACAGACAAGCCAGUCCAGGCCUUCCUACAAUGGAGGUGUGUCAGGAGUACUAUGGUUUACCUCCGCCCCCUGUAGCGUUCGGCCAACCACUGCACCUCUCCAUGGGUGAUGUCAUCGAACUGACAAGAGCCGAUGCCGACCUAACGUGGUGGGAGGGCAAGAACGUGACGAUUGGUCAGAUGGGUUGGUUCCCCUGCAGUAAGGUCCAGCCCUUCAUCUCUAGACCAACUCCCGACCUAUCCGACUUCCUAUGGUUUGCGGGGAACAUGGACCGGUCAGCGGCGAAGAACCUCCUGAUUUCACGGUCCGACGGAACGUUUCUGGUCCGCCAGAAAGACGGAGGAGAGUUCGCAAUCAGCCUCAAGUUUAACAUGGACAUCAGACACAUCAAGAUCACGUCAACAGAAGGCCUCUACCGCAUCAACGAGAAGAAAGCAUUCAAAGGGUUAAUCGAGAUGGUUCAGUUCUACCAGCAACAUUCAUUGAAGGAGUAUUUUAAGGAUGUGGACACCACCCUUCAGACCCCCUUCAAUCAGCCUGAUCAGAGUGAUACACCCUUCAACACACCCUCCCCAGGUGGCAGUAUGCGUUCGUUUGGCACAGCGAGGGCCAGGUAUGACUUCUCAGCCAGAGACCGUACAGAGCUGUCUCUGAGAGAAGGAGACACAGUCAAGGUCCUGUCUAAGAAAGCUCACAAUGGAUGGUGGAAAGGAGAGGUCUAUGGACGGGUCGGUCUGUUCCCAGCUAACUAUGUAGAAGAGGAUUACUCUGACUACUGCUGAUGUCACCUCACACCUUCACCUGUGUGACUACUGCUGAUGUCGCCUCACUGUCACACCUUCACCUGUGUGUGAAAGAGACAGUGUGUCCCAAUUCAAUCCCUACCCCUUCCCCUGGCC